AUGGUCACGAUGAGUGUGGACGAGCUAAAAGAGGAGGGCAAUCAAUUGUUCCGUCAGCAAGAUUAUUGUGCCGCAUUGGAGAAGUACAUGGAAGCCCUGAAGAUCACUACUGAGAGCGAUUUGCCCAACAAAGCAGUGCUACACAACAACAAGGCCAUGGCGUACUUGAAACUUGACAGGUUCGAAGAUGCCCGGGAAGAGGCUUCGACUGUCCUCCUGCUGGAUCCGAGCAACGUGAAGGCGCUGUUCCGAAGAGCGCAGGCAUAUGACGCUCUCGGGAAAACGGAUCUUGCGUUCAAAGAUGCGCGACAAAUCCUGCAUUUGGAACCGAAGAAUCAGACCGUCCUGCCACUCCUGGAACGACUCAGCGCCAAACUCCAGGAUAUCGCGAAAGAACAAUCUAGCACGAAGAGCAAAGCUGAAAGCAUGCUUAACGUUAUAAAAGAUCAAUCUCAGCCCCUAGACAAGAAGAUGGCAGCUGUCAACAAUCUAAUUGUCAUAUGCCGAGAGAGAGUCGGAGCCGAUAUCAUAACGAAGCUGCAGGGUGUUCAAACUCUGCAUUCGGCCAUGAAGAGUUUCAAGAACGAGGAAUUCAAUCACGCCGGUGUGAGAAUAUUCGGAGAAAUCUGUAAACGGGGACCUGACCAGAGCCUCAUGGUUGUGAAGAUUCUGGGUUUGCCCUACCUGCUGGACUUUUUCUGCUCAAAAACGCCAGCUUUCAUCAUUUCCGUGCAGUUCAUGGUUCAGCAGAUCAUGAACUCCAUAUCCGGAAUGACAUUGGAGAAUAGCAAAGGCGACAAAGCUAUAAUGAAGAAGUUCAGCAAAGAAAUCGACUCGGUGAUGCUGACGCUGGUGAAGACCGUAAAUUCCCGAGUGAUUUCCGGCAUUGGCCGUGACGCGAUUCUCGAGCUGCUCACGAAGAAUGCCGAUUAUCACGCGCUGGAUUGGGGUCUGAAACUGGUCCAAAGCGACGGCCUGUACCGAUUGAUGGACGUCGCUUCGGAGUUACCCGAAGUUCGGUACGAAUCAUCGAUGGAGGUCACAUCGGAGACGAAGCCAAAAGUAUCAGUCUGUCUCGAUCGUCUCUGGUAUUGCAUGGAUCACGACGCGGCGAAAGAUCUCUACCGCGACAAGGUCAUGAGCUUCGUUGACGAGAAGCUGACUACAGGCGACGCCCUGGAGCCGAAGAUUCGCGCUACCGCUGCCAUAACGGCCUUGCUCCUGGGUCCUCUGGAGGCGGGAAAUAGCGUUCUAGCCCGAUCCGGGGUCGUGGAGAUGAUGAUAGCCAUGGCGGGAUCCGACGACGAGGUUCAACAGAGAGUCGCCGCCGAGGCACUGAUCGCGGCGGCCUCCAAGAAAGACAAAUGCACUUCAAUACUGUCGACGGGUACGAGCAUCCUCAAGAAUCUAUACAAGAGUCAGAACGAGAACAUUCGUGUUCGCGCCCUCGUGGGAUUGUGUAAACUCGGCAGUUUCGGCGGCCACGACGCGGCCAUGAGACCUUUCAGCGAUGGAGCAUCGCUGAAAUUCGCUCAGUCCUGCAGAAAAUUCUUGGUGAAUCCGAGCAAGGACAAAGACAUACGCAAAUGGGCUGCGGAGGGCUUGUCGUAUUUGACGCUGGACGCGGACGUGAAAGAGGACCUCAUCGACGACAAAGCUGCGCUCACGGCUCUGAUAAAUCUCGCCAAGGAGCUCAAGAGCACUGUGCUUUACGGUGUUGUCACUACCCUGUGCAAUCUCACCAACAGUUACGAAAAACAAGAGGUUAUCCCCGAAAUGAUCGAAUUGGCCAAAUUCGCUAAGCAACACAUCCCUGAAGAGCAUCCUCUCGACGCGAAGGAGCACGUCGAGAACCGGACACGCAUCCUGGCGGAGAACGGAGUCACGCAUGCCCUCGUGGCUCUGUCGACGACAGAUUCAAAGAAUUCUCGAGAGAUAAUUUCGAGGAUUUUCAAUGCAAUUUGUGAACUUCCGGAACUCCGCGGAAUCGUUGUGCAGCAGGGUGGGGCGCGUUGCCUCCUGCAGCUGACUCAGAAUAACACCGCUCCAGGGAAGGUGAUCGCGGCUCAAGCUCUGGCCAGAAUCGGUAUAACGAUCAACCCCGAAAUCGCGUUCCCGGGACAGCGAGCCUACGAUGCCGUGAAGCCGCUCAUGGAUCUGCUCGAUGCCAGCAAUACCGGCCUUCAGAACUUUGAGGCGUUGAUGGCUCUGACGAAUCUGGCGGCCGUGAGCGAUUCGGUCCGCAAGAGGAUCGUCAAAGACGGACUCAAUCCAAUUGAACACUAUGUUUUCGAAGAUCACGAGCAGCUCCGCAGAGCAGCUACGCAAUGUCUGCUCAAUCUUAUGGUUCUGGAAGAGACGCAGAGAAUGUUCGAGCACGGAGAGAGAGUGAAAUUGUUCACCUUGAUUCUCGGCGAAGAGGACAUGGAUACUAGGAUGGCCUCAGCUGGUGCUCUAGCAAUUCUCACUUCGAAUAGUGAAAUAGCGUGCGCAAAGAUCGUCGGAGUGCGAGCGUGGGAGGACAUAAUCGGAGCCGCGUGCCUUACCGAAAACGUUGAGCUCCAAUACCGUGGCUUCUGCAUCCUGUACAAUCUGGUCGCGUAUAGGAAGGAUGUGGCUCUUAAAAUGGAAGGAGACUCGAAACUCUUCCAAAUGUGUCAAGCCGUGGAACAGGUCGGUCAAAUUGAAGAGAGAACGAGGACCUUAGUUCAGGAGAUCUUGAAGAAAAUCCAGGAAUGGAAAGACAACAAGGACGAUCCAGCCAACGAAGCGAAAAUUCCCGAAGAAAACCGAGUGGAGUAGAUGACCGCGCUUCCCGGAACGUCCUGUUCAUAGAGGAAAAUCAAACCGAGGUGACUCGCAAGCCCAGGGCUAUGGUGUUAAGGACGACCUGAGCAGGCCGAGCCUUCUUUUCUACAAAAUAGAGCAUGAGAGC